AAAGGGAGAUUUAUUCCGAUUUAAAUCGCCGGGUUUCCUGCUACCCAGUGUCUUUGAAUCAAACGAUUAAAACGGCGCUUGCGGUUAAUCUGCCGACUGUAUCCUGUCGUCCUACAGAAGACAACCACCAUGAAUUUGGCAAAAUACUCAAGAUGAAGCAAUGAAUACGCAAUAAGGAACGGCAAAGAAGAAACUCCCAGGAAGGAUACCCUGGCAACGCGAGAACAGGAAAAGAAACUGUGAAACAGCCCAGGAACUCUUCAUAAUAUGGGGAAAGGAGACAAGAGAAGCGCAGCUCAGCGUUCGGAGGCCAGCACGAACUUGGUCGGGAAAUUUACACAGAGUGUCAGAAGGAUCGUCCAGGAUGUCAAGGACGAGGGCACGUCGAGUGGACAGAGCAAGGAGGAAGUCAUCGAGACGAACGAGAGGCUGCGAACUGUGAGAAUACGACUUGACGGAAGCUACGACACCGCGAAAAGGGCCCUGGUGGGACUUAUGUGCAAAUAUACCGACAGCAAACAAGUCCGGAACAUCUUUCAGCGCUACAAGCUCCUCAAGACCAUGGUCAAGGAUGUAAUUAGACUCGAAACGCAGUACUGGACUCUGGUGGAUAUUCCCAGGCAGGAGAAACAGGAAACCGUACCAGCGUUCGUACUCCGUGCCUGUGCGAUUAUGGAGAAAACGCACAAAAGUGGUGACGGGGUAAAGACGUCGGCGAGACUUGCCGAGGAGGCGGAAAGCAGGAGAGAGCGGAUUGAGCGACUUGAAAAUAUGACUACAGCCCAGAUAGAAGCUGAAAAUACUCAGAUGACCAACGACCUUUAUAGACUGCUUAAAAAAUACAGUGGAUUGAGGAACCUCAUACGAGUUCUCAAGACCGAAUACAACGACUCGAAGAUGUACCCGAUGUUUCCUAGGUACACGAUCCUCAAGGACCUGAUCAAAGACAUAAUGCACGAUCCAGACUACAUGGAGGUUUGCCACGAGGUGGAUCAAGCAUAGCGUCCUGACCCCCUCCACCGUUCUCCACGCAUGACUCUGUAAUUUUCAGAGUUAAAUUCAAUGCUUGUGGCGAUGGUGAAGGGGGUGACAAUACCGCACAAACAAUAUUACGUGUACGUACCAGGUUCAACGUCGAUGAACGUAACGUUUAACCGAUGUAUAGAAUACGGCUACUGGUCUUUUUCCAACAAGUAAAAACGAAUCGAGGCAUGAAGAGGAAAGGAACAAAGACGUAAUCAUUCGUAUAUCUUCGAGAGAUAUCGAUGAUCACGCUGUUAGGUAGACAAUGAUCGAUCGUCUUAUUAUUGGUAUACAUAUACGCACAGUGUACGUGUGUCGAUGUUCAAGCCAAUAAAAUUCUUAGAGAUUGUAUACGCGAUCGACAGCUUUGACG